GACUUGCAAAUGCUGCACAGAAUGAGAUCAAAACACAACAACGUAGAAAGUUGGAAAUGAAAAAUAAGUACGACUUAUUUAAAAAGCUUACAGAAGCUGCUAAAAAGCAGAAACAAUCAGUGAAAGUUGGGCAGAGGAAUCUUGAUGUUGGUGUUACCGCGGAUACAUUGACUAAAGAUCGUGAAUAUUGGGAUAUGAAAUUACUUGAGUGGUUUCACCCUGUAGGAGGCAAUCAGCGACCUUUUGUGAGGAAAUUAUAUUGCCUUCUGGUAACUCCUUUAUUUAAGAGAUCUAUUGAACGACGAACAAAGAAUGUGUUUAAAGACUUACACGUAACAGUAUAUGCUAUUCAGGUUCAAAAUGAUAUCUCUAAUGUUUUCGAAUCAAUGUUAGACUGCUUAAUGUCGCUUGAACGUUAUGCCAAGGAACCACCGUUAGAUGAUUGGGACAUAGGUGAUCCAUUUACGGAUACACCCUAUAAAGUCUUGGCUGACCCGUUUAUUGUUAUCAAUG